AUGGGUGUUCCUUCGUUCUAUCGUUGGCUGGUAGGUAAGUACCCAAAGAUACUGAUCAACGCCGUGGAGGAACCGGGAGACCAUGUCGAUACCUCCCUUCCAAACCCCAGUGGAAUGGAAUUUGACAAUCUCUACAUAGACAUGAACAGCAUCAUCCAUCCUUGCUUCCACCCGGAGGAUCAGCUCCGUCUUCCCGCUUUCUUAACUCAGCUUUUCCCACCGACGACGAUUGAGGAGGUCUUCAAAGCAAUCUUUCAAUGUGUAGACCGGAUCUUUCGCAUUGUGCGACCGAGGAAGCUUCUGUACAUCGCCAUCGAUGGUGUUGCGCCAAGGGCAAAAAUGAAUCAUCAGCGAGCACGAAGAUUCCAAACGGCUAAGGAAGCUGAGAAAGCGGAAGCUGUAGAGGAACGAAUGACGAGAGAAUUCGAGAGGGAGGGGAAGACUGUUCUUCCAAAACGGGAACAUGAGGUUUCAGAUUCUAAUAUUAUUACCCCUGGAACUGUAUUUAUGGAGAAAUUGUCAAAGGCACUGGAGUACUACAUCCGCUCGAGAUUAAACAGUGAUCCUGGAUGGAAGACAAUAAAGGUCAUACUCUCCGAUGCUAAUGUUCCGGGCGAAGGAGAGCACAAAAUCAUGGCAUUUAUACGGGUUCAACGCAGUCUUCCUGGUUACAACCCAAAUUUGCAUCAUUGCUUAUGUGGUCCUGAUGCAGACCUCAUUAUGCUUGCGCUGGCAAGUCAUGAAAUUCACUUCUCCAUUUUACGAGAGGAUGUUCUAAAGGCAGAAUUGAAUGCAACCACAUACCAGUUUUUGAAUAUCUGGACAUUGAGGGAAUACUUGGAGCUUGACAUGAAUAUUCCUGACUUCAAAAUUGAUAUCGAGAGAAUUAUUGAUGAUUUCAUCUUUAUUUGUUUGCUCUUGGGAAAUGAUUUUCUCCCACACCUUCCUUCAUUGGGAAUUCAUGAGGGAGCAAUUGAUUUAAUGAUUUAUGUGUAUAAAAAGAUGUUCAAGAAAAUGGGGGGCUAUCUUGUAGACAUGAGCAAAAUAAAUGAUAAAAAGGCUGCAUACAUAAAGGUCAAGAGAGUAGAAAGAUUUAUACUUGAAGUUGGAUCAUACGAAGACAAAAUAUUUGACAAAAGAAAUAGACUGCGACAGAGGAAGCUGCAGAGGUUGUUGCAGCAAAGACUAGAAGAAGAGGGGGAUGGAAGUGAAAAUGGUGAUCUACAAUAUGAUAUGAAAUAUGGGGUUACCAAUGAGGUAGCAGAGAUAGAAGAUGGGGCCUAUAAAUUUUCAGUUCACAACAAGAGCUGUUCAAAUUUCAGAAGCUCUGAAACCAUUUCAAAGUCCUCCAAAGAGAAGCGCAAUGUCUCUGCUUCACAAAAUUUGCUUGCUGCUGGUCAUGAUGGAAAUGAUGUGAUCAAUAACACAAAGGAGCUGAAGCAGAAAGUGAAGGACUUUCUUCGUGAUAAAGCAGACUUGUUUAAGAAUGGUGAUCUACAAAAUGAUAAGGUACAUCUUGGUUCUCCAGGGUGGAAAGCUCGAUACUAUAGGGAGAAGUUCUCAGCAGAGACUUCAAAUGAAAUCGAAAUCACAAGGACAAAUGUUGUCGAAAAGUAUGUGGAAGGCCUUUGCUGGGUCCUUCAGUAUUAUUUUGCAAGAGUGCGCUCAUGGUCUUGGUAUUUUCCUUUCUACUACGGUCCUUUUGCAUCAGAUAUCAAGGGUCUUAGUUGCUCGCAGAUAAAAUUUAAGUUCGGGUGCCCAUUCAAACCUUUUGAUCAGCUCAUGGCAGUGUUGCCACCGAAAAGUUCACAUGCUCUGCCGAAGGCAUAUAGGCCCUUGAUGAAUAGCAAGGAUUCAACAAUCUUUAAGUUCUAUCCUACUGAUUUUGAUGUGGACAUGGACGGCAAACGCUUUUUGUGGCAGGGUGUUUGUAAGUUGCCUUUCAUCGAAGAAGAAAUACUACUUGCAGAAACUAGGAUGCUAGAAAGGGAACUGGAAGUGGAUGAAAUGGAACGGAAUUCCUUUAGAAAUGACAAGAUUUUUGUGAGAAAUUGCCAUGCUUUGGGUUUGAAAAUGUGUUCAAUUUGUACAUCUUCAAAAUGUACUACCGGCAGAUCAGAGCAAAAGUAUCCUUUGGAUGCAGUCAGUUGUGGGAUCGGUGGUUUCCUUUGCCCUUAUGAUGAUCAUUUGGGUCCUCAUAACUUCAAAUCUCCUAUUGAAGGAAUGGAUGACAUCGCAAAAGAUAAUACAUUUUCUACAUUCUUCAUAAAUCCUGAUUGGCCUGAACAUAUCCCAAGGCUACUGGAAGACGUCGAUAUACCUGGGAAGUCGAUAACAGAAGCAGACAUUGUGGAAAGAAAGCUGUGGCAUGAAUACGAAGGUUCACAACCACAGAUGUACAACCAUGAAACCAGAUACCUGAAUCAAGCUAGAAGCUUUGGGAGGGGCCGUGGAACUUCACAGGCGUGGCAUUCUACCACCGGAGGGAGCCCGGCGGUGAAUGCCAAUAAUGCGAUCAUUCAUCGAGGCAGUGACGUUUCCGGGCGUUUUCCGGGCAAUUCUGCUGCUGCUGCUUUUCGGGGGUAUCGGUCGAGGUAUGGCACGUCCGGUGGGUCGCGAGCUGAUGCUAAUGGCGACUGGAGGAACCGUCCGGGUGCAGAGUUAGCUGUUCGUGGACGUGCGAGGGACCGCAACAAUAGGUGGAAUGGUGGAGAGGGUAAGAUUUCUAUGAGAUGAAGGGAAGGUAAGACCCUGUGGUGGCUAUUUUUUGGCCUAUCAGCAGGAGAUAGGUACACUGGGGUUCAUAUUCUGGUGCUCAGUCCCCUGCAUUACCAAAAUUGUGACAAUGGACAUGUGUCUUUUAAUGUUUGUGCUGCAAUCUUUUGUGUCCAUGUGCUGCACCUGUUAUAUUAUU